AUGAAUGGUGGGAAGUUUCAUUACGAUGAGACGAGUAACAUACUUCGGAACCAAGUCGAUCUAGCGGUGGACCGUGACGGAUCGGAGCAAGAAAUCCCAAACUAUUUUUGGCUCUUUUGUGGCAAUCUGAGCACUUUCUGGAGAAAUAGCCAUCGGAUUUGGACUCAGGCUAUCGAAACGAGUCACCCUGUAAAUUUUAAUAAUGAACAGACACUAUCCAUCACUCCUCCAUUUUUCUCAUCUCCUCGUUUGUCCGUCUCUUCAAUUGAGCAAUACUAUAAAGAGAGGGUCUUGCCUUCAAUCAUUCAUGAUACUUUGAAAGCCGUUGUUGCUCAAUACAAUGCUAGCAAGCUCAUCACUCAGAGAGAGAAUGUUAGUAAGGAAAUUCGGAAGAUUUUGACCGAGAGGGCAGCUAACUUCAAUAUUCAAAUUGAUGAUGUGUACAUUACAAGUCUGACUUUCGGGAAGGAAUGCACUGCUGCAAUUGAGGCUAAACAAAUGGCUUUUGCUUUUUAA